CCGAGUAAGAAGUAAAAUAAUAAAAACUCUUUUUUUUUAAGCGCUUUAAAUGUUUUAAACAGACAGCGUAAUGUUGUCUUGUUUACUAGCAUAUAUUGCAGUCCUGACUGCUUAUAGUUGUUAUUGUAACUGAAGGGAGAUGGCAGCUACCCAGAAACUGGCCUGUUUUCGGUUACCUCCUCUGCCUACCAUAAAGGAGAUUAUCAAACUGUAUAAUCUGAGAGCAGAGAAACAGCUUUCCCAGAACUUCCUCCUAGACAUGAGACUCACAGAUAAGAUUGUCCGGCAGGCGGGAAGCCUGAAGGAUGCGCAUGUGUGUGAGGUGGGACCUGGACCUGGGGGCCUCACCAGGUCUAUUCUGAAAGCUGGAGCAGCAGACAUAUUAGUGGUGGAGAAGGACACACGCUUUAUUCCAGGAUUACAGCUUUUGUCCGAGGCGGCCCCUGGAAGAAUGAGGAUAGCACAUGGAGAUAUUCUUACAUACAGACUGGAAAGAGGGUUCCCAGCCCAUAUAGCCAAGGCAUGGGAAGAUGCACCCCCUAACCUGCACAUCAUUGGAAAUCUGCCUUUUAGUGUGUCAACUCCUCUCAUUAUAAAGUGGCUGGAGCAGAUAUCUAACAGAACUGGGUGUUUUAUGUUUGGACGCACAAGGCUUACACUGACCUUCCAGAAAGAGGUGGCUGAGAGGUUAACAGCCAGCACAGGAAGCCGUCAACGAAGCCGUCUGUCUGUCAUGGCUCAGUAUCUCUGCACUGUCAAAAACUGUUUCACCAUCCCAGGAUGUGCCUUUGUUCCAAAACCUAACGUGGAUGUGGGGGUGGUGCACUUCACUCCGCUGGCUCAGCCCCAGAUCCAGCAGCCCUUCAAGCUGGUCGAGAGGAUUGUCAAGAACGCCUUCCAGUUCCGGAGGAAGCACUGCCGCAGAGGGCUCGAGAUGCUGUUCCCAGAGUCUCAGCGUCAAGAACUGACGGAAGAGUUGCUGCGCAGUGCUGAUGUGGAUCCCACACUGCGGCCCACAGAGAUCUCUAUUUCUGAAUUCAGGGCUUUAGCAGACGCCUACAGUAAGCUUUGCAAGGAAGACCAAGGCCUCACUGACUAUGACUUCAGAGAGGAACUGAAACUCAGGCAUCAGGCAAAGAGACAGUUGGGCGGCAAUCGUAGAGGGCUUCACCUUCACAAAACAACAGAGGAAAAUGUUAAUGACAAACACUAACGCAGCAGACGCCAGACUGCUAAUGGCGAUAUUCUCAUCAGCUGUCAUGAUUUUUUUUUUUUUUGAAAGGAUGCGUGCAGUAUGCAGAAGACUAGCCAGCAGUGAGGUAAAUGAAGCAUCAGCUGGAAUUUUUCAGCUAAAAAACACAUUGAGUUUGACAUUUUAAGCACUCUGCAAGGGCAGGGCGAAGAAAAGCUUUUAGAAAAUGCAGGAGGUUUAAAAUAAAGUUAUGGGAGAUAUAGUUUGAGAACACUGUGAAUUAUCACAUAAAGCUGCUUUGUAGGUAGGAAGGAAAAGUACAUUAAUCAAUUCCAGUUCCUAGUCUCCCUCUCUGUAUUGAACUGAGGAAGAGAGGGGGUUGCCCAGAAAACCUGUCAUAUCAUAAAGCAGCUAUGGGAAUGCUUUAAUCAUUUUACAGCUAGAGGCUGACAUCCGUCAGAGCAAAAACAUUUGCCAUUGUUACCUAAAAAUAAUUUGACUUUGAUGAAUAAAUUAUUUUUCCUAGACUUUUUAA